AUGGCCAGCCUCUUUUCUCGUUCCCGAACGUUUUCGACACCCAACAAGAAGAAGGCAGCUCUCAGUAGUCGCGACGACGGACUUGACGAAUUCGGGAGGGUCUCCGGCGGUGCCCUGUCGAGUCGCAGCGGAACGGCCCCAGCGACCCCUUCGAAAAAGGACAAGAAGAAGAAGGCCAAAGAGCAGGCAAAGCGUUCUGGAACGCUAUCUUCCUCUGGCGCAGACCAAGAAUUUCCAGGAGAAAGCUCGUCCUUUCCAGAUGGAAGUUUCCUGCCACUUAACCUCGACCGUCCACGAAACGACUCGGACACGGCAGACCCAACCAAGCAGCACGACUAUGGCUACCUAUGCUACGAGCGCCAUGUCGUGCUCGGACUAGAGCAACUCGAACGUCUCGUCGAUGUCGUCGCCGACGAGCUGGAAACAAGAGGCGGCAUCACGACCCCAUUCAUUUUCUCAAAUACGGCGCUGGAUAUUUCGUCCUCUGGAAUCAAGAGACUUAUUCAUUCUUUCAUCGACACAUGUGCUCCCAGCAGCGCACAGCAAGCCCAGGAGGCAGAGAACAGAUGGAGGGAGGAGGCCAGGUUUGUCGGUCCCCAUGAGCUGGGGAUGACUCUGCGCUGGGGGUUGGCUAGGGUGAUAAGGUCCGUGGGCGGCCAGGAUGUUCGUGGGCUGGUUUCGUACGAACAGUACGCUGAAUGGCGUGACUCUGAAGCAGCAAACAACUACCCUCCGGCCCAUUUCCAGACAUUCCUGCCCGCGCUGCCGGAGCCGUUGCAAUAUAUCAUCGUCCGGCUACUAUCCCUGCUCGCCCGCCUCGUUGCAAACAGCACGUCGUCCGGACACACCCCUCCGACCCUUUCACCACUCUUUGGACCCCUUUUCUUCGGUCUCGGUCCGGCCACCCUGGCAUUCCACCAUGCCUACAUUCACUAUUUGCGUUCAGUGAACGCUUUUGAACAUCUGUUGUUGGCGUUUGUCCGCUGGCAAGACACCCCGCGAUCCUCCACCGCCAGCGCCGCAUCUCUCGGAGUCCCCGUCCGGCUCAAGGAAUGGAUCAAGGGCUAUCCAGCCAUGCUCCCCUUCACCGGCAACCCCAAGGCCAAACCACAGCCACGCAAAGGAGCCCGCACCGUCCGCGUCAUGAGCGUGCGCCGCAACGUCCGGAUGUACUCACCCGAUCUCGUCAAAUCCGCCUCCGCCUGGGCUCAGAAGAACACCCACUCGACCCUCUCCAACAGUUUUGCCCAAUCCAAAGAAUGGGAACGCAUCGCUCCUUCCACUCUCAAACUCGCCCCUCGUUAUUCCGAUUCUUACAAAAAGAAGAUGAAUAUGCCUGCCAAUUUCCAUCCUGACGUCCAUGCUGGCACGUAUCCGAAUGCUAAUCCGGCACCUGGAACGGCUCCCCCGGUCUCGCUAUCCUCGACUUUAUCGUCUCUUGAUAGUUCUGAAAAGGACUACUUUGGUGACAAGGAGCGCGUUGAUGACCGGUUCCGUAGUCUUACCGAUCUCAAGUGGGGUGAAUUCGAGUCUAUGGGUUUCAGCAACCUUGGCGAUGAGAAAAAGCUUCAGUUUGACUUGACGGAAUCCGCGCGUCAGGAACGAGCUGCCAAACGUCAGACUCUGACAUGGAACGAUUUCUCAACAUCAGGCUUUUCACGCACGGACGCUCCGCUAUCAGCGACACUGCAGUUCAGCACACCCGUGGUCAACACCGUUCAAUCCUGGCCCAGCCAACAAGUCGAGAUACACCGUAAACUGAAGAAGCAGCAGAAAUCGCUGCCAGCGUUUGGCUGGGACACCGAACCGGUGGUGGGAAAUGAAGAAGUCAUCGAAGAGGCUUUCAUCGACGUCUUUUGUGAUCUCAUAUAUGGCGGUGGUUGGAUGGAUCUUGAGCGUGGUGAAUCACUCGAUAGGGAUUGUAACUGGGCUUUGGUCGAGUAUAAAUCCCUACCUCCCUCUCGCUCGACCACCUCUGGGGGCAACGACCCGCGCACAGACGUCACCCUAAUCCUCUACGAAGAGUUCGUUCCCUUGGAAUACCGUCAGCAACUAGCUCUCCCAUCGAAAAGCCGCCGCCGUCUGCCAUCCUUAUUCUCGCCGUCGAGCAAGAAGCAGUGGAAGCCAGCCGCCACACUAAACGGACGACCCUACGUUGUUGGCCACGUGCCUCGAAGCCCUUCAUACCGAGAGGUCGAGUUUGAAGGUCUCCUCCAGGGUUCAGGGGGCACCAAAGUCAUCAGUCUCUCGAAGCGAGAUAACAAGGACGCCUCUGCGCCAAGAGUACAAUCCACCAUUUCGAACGCACCGUCGGAUUUUCCAAAAAUCCCUCCUGCACCGUCGAGACCUCCACCGACUAUUGUGACCCCUGCGGCCACGACCUCUAGAACCCCUGAACCCACCGAUUCGCAGUACCACCCACCUCCGCCAAGAAGCGACGAGAACCCGUCUGAUUCCUCUGCGAAUAUGUCCACGCCCGCAUCGAAGAAGUCGCGGUUUAGGCUUCCAGUGAGUCCAAGCAUGCGUCGCUCAAUGCUCGGCCCUCCCGCUGAAUACUCCACCGUGGAGUUCGAAACUCGCAUGGCGAGCUACAGCGACGACGAAUGGGGCGGCGACGCCAACGAGCCCGAGGACGUGAAGCAGAAGCGGCGCGAGUCCCGCCCGGACGCGUGGGUCGAUAUACUUGUUGGCACGCAGAGUCGAAGAAUGGGCGAUCAGGAUGCGCUGGACCCCAACGAGCGCAGGAGGAGGGGCGGGGUGGCGAGGAAGAGUGACCCGGAUAUGGCGAGUUUGGAGGUGGCGCAGGUGUUGGCUGCUGUGAAGGAGAAGGAGAGGUCGUUGUCGCCUACGAGUAUUCCUGAGAUUCCGUCGGAGAGGGUGGAUAAGGAUUAUGGGAUGGAUAGACAUUUGUAUGAUGCGGAUGUGGAUGAGGUGGAGACUGUGCCGAGGCAUAGGAUGGAGAGUAGGAGUACGGAGGAUGAUUCGGGGAGUGAUGCGCACCUUGCGUAUGACAGGGGGACGAACGACGGGCAUAGUGCCGAAGACGAGCUUAUGGCUCCCAUCCUCAAUGCGCGACAGAUGGCCAAGGAGGGGAGGAGGAUGGGGUACUUUGAUCUGCACCCUGAGCGACGCGCAGCGUUGUCGGGUGGUGGUGCUGGUUCGUCUGCCGCUGCGCACCAGGAGGAGGACCCGCGCGAGAGGCUGGCACGGCCGAGUAUGAGCGAUGAUGAGGGUGACAGUGAAGAUGCGUAUGGUGCACCAGAGCCACGUCGACCACUCCCUGCUCCCCCAAAGCCCGCUUAUGAAACUCCGCAGAAGCGCGUUGUCCCCGAUAUCAAGAUCACUACCAACCCCGAGCCACCCAUCCCAACAACCAAACUCGCUUCCAAUGGCCACCGCAAUGGAAAUGGUGUGCCAGAACCAUCGUCGUCAUCGCCAGCCAAGACGCCCACUGGGACGAGCAAGACGGCGGCACUGAUCGAGAUGUACAGGGAACGGGAGAGGAGUGCGAAUGCACCGCUGAAUGUGGCGUCUAUCCCUGUUGCGCCUUUGAAUGUUUCGAGGCUGCCUGUCCGGACGGCGUCGUUGCAGCGUGGUGAGCAGCCUGCUGGGCCUGUUCCUGUUGCGCCUGCUGCUACCCUUGCGCCUACGCUUACGCCUUCGCCGUCGCCGUCGCCGAAGAACUCGCCGCCUGAGGCUGCUGGGUACCCGCUUCCUACUGUGUCACUUGAAGAUCCGGGGAGGAUUAGCCCUGGGAGGUAUGUGCAUGGUGCGCCGCUACAUAAUGUGAUGGAGGAGCCUGAGGAAGAGGAGUAA